AUGAAGACCUUGCACCACCUCCUCACAAUCAGUGACGACGUGACCACCUCCCUCACAUCAGUGAGGGACUGCACCACCACCUCACAUCAGGGAGGGACCUGCACCACCCUCCUAACAUCAUUGAGAGACUGCAAACCACCACCUCACCUCAGCGAGGGACUGCACCACCUCCUCACAUCAUUGAGGGACUAUGCACCACCUCCUCACAAUCAGAGGGGCCUGCACCACCAUCCUCACAUCAGUGAGGGACUGCUCCGCACCUCCUACACAUCAGUGAGGGACGCACCAACCCUAACAUCAGUGAGAUACUCACACACCCUCCUCACCAUCAGUGACGGAACCGCAACCACCUCCCUCACAACAGUGAGGGACUUGCAAAACCACCUCCUCACAUCAGUGAGGGACUGCACCACCUCCUCACAUCAGAGAGAGACUGCACCACCCUCAAUCAUGGACGAACAGCCACCACCACUCCUCACAUCAGUGAGGGACUGCACCACCUCCUCACAUCAUGACGGACCGCCUCCAGCCUCCACAGCAUCAGUGAGGGGACUGCACCACCGACCUCACUCACUGCACCCACCUCUCUCACUGGGACUGCACCACCUAGUUCCUCACAUCAGUGAGAGACUGCAACCACCUCAAAUCAGUGACGACUGCACCACCUCCUCACAUCAGUGA